AGGUAGGGGGCUCCAAUUAGAGAUGGUCCACUGCUAAGGUUGAGGUCUUCCAAGUUUAGUUCUGCUCUAUUGGUUACUGAUGAGUUGAGUCGCGACGCUAUCAUAUCAUCGCUGUGUUACCCCCAAAGUGGUUUUUCGUCGGUAUGACGCCGCUCGUACUUGUCGCGCUGCUGGCCAACGCGUUAGCAGCGAAUGGACAAGCAAGUUGGGGCGUUUCAAUUGUGCACAAUGGGCAGCCAGGUCAAGUGUACUAUGUGAACACGGAUAGCAACCCCUCGUACAACUCUUACUUACCCUUCUUCUUCCUGACACCGUCCUCCAAUGGCGGCGCCCCCGACAUGGCUCAACCCCCUCCAGGCGUAGAGAUUAACCCUGACGCCGAGGUCUUUGACCCUUCGGCGAGGCCAAGUCUACGGGGAAGCGGGCGUGGAAUCCGGCGGCGACAAUUGGGCCAAAAGCUCAAGCGCCAAGUCAAGGGCUACGACCAACCAAGACCCGACGUCCAGAAGCCGCUGCCUCCCCUCACACCCAACGAGGCCGAGGAACCAGAGCCGGUGCCCGAACCCGCCAUGAACGCCUCCUACGCCUUCGAAUACUCCGGCGACGGCCACUCUCGCUCGGAGAAAUCCGACGAGAACGGAAACAUCGAAGGAAGCUACACCUUCGUCGGUGACGACGGAGUCGAGCGGCGGGUUGACUACAAGGCCGGCGCCGACAUCGGAUUCGUGGCCACCGGAGAUCACCUCCCAGUCCCACCUGUGCCAGACUAUAGUGGAAGCCCCGCAGUGAACCAAAACGGAAUCAAGGGAGGCGCCAAGCCCAGCGUCUCCUCCCACACCCCCGAGACAAGGACCAAGACAGUCGGUACCAAAACCCCCGGAUACCCAGAGGUGGCAACUCACACACCAUCCUACGGAGUCAAGACUCCCGUCGCCCCACACACCCCCGACGUCAAGGGUAAGUCUGGACCUUCCGGCGAGGGCUGCGACGAUGAGGGAAAGAGCGACGGACCAGCGGACGCCUCCUACGACUUCUCCUACACCAACGACGACUCAGGAAGGAACGAGAAGUCCGACGCGGACGGCAAUAUCGAGGGGAGCUACUGGGUCAUUGGAGACGACGGCGUGAGGCGCGAGGUCAAGUACACCGCCGGCGCGGGUAAAGGCUUCGUCGUGACGGGUGACAUUCACCCGACCGGUUCCGCAGCUGGAGGCAAGGGAGUUGUGACGAGGACGAAGGGCGCGCAGCCACCAGUCAACAUCCCACGACCCUCUGUCAAAACUGUGCCACACACACCAGUCGCCCCUCCGAGGGUCCCGUCAGUCAAGACCCCGGUGACCCCUGCUUACCCACAGCCAACUCCAGAAUACGGAGUCAAAACGAAAACACCUGCUCCGAGACCUCUGCCACCCCAGCAGCCGUUGCCCCCUCAGAGACCCUUGCCACCCCAGAGACCCUUGCCACCUCAGACACCUCUGCCACCUCAGCAGCCACUGCCGGAGCCUGGAACAAAGCAGGCACCCGCUGAUUGUGACGAUGGCUCCAGUGAGCCUGGAGAUGCUUCCUACGAUUUCUCGUACAAAACCGAAGAUCACGAGCACUCGGCGAAAUCUGACGCUGCUGGAAACGUGCAAGGUAGCUAUUCCUUCACCGGACCGGAUGGUGUUGUCAGGCGAGUAGAUUACGUUGCCGGCGCUGACACCGGAUUCGUCGCCACCGGAGAGCACUUACCUAAACCAGGGGAUUUUCCAGCCGUAGAUGAAGGUCGAACUUCCAGUGGACAUCCCUCUCACCAAGCUCCUGUCAACCCGCAAGCCCCAUUACCACUGCCUCCGCAAAGACCGGUUGAGCCCCAAGCACCUCUACCAUUACCCCCGAAAAGACCCGUGCAACCCCCCACCCCACGACCAUUGCCACCUCAAAGACCCGUUGAGCCACAAACCCCACUACCACUGCCACCUCAGCGACCGGUUGAACCCCAACACCCAUUACCUCUUCCUCCCCAAAAACCGGUCCAACCUCACAUCCCACGCCCUUUACCUCCUCAAAGACCAGUGGAACCAGUGACUCCCCGUCCAUUGCCCCCACAAAGACCACUGCCGCCUCAAGUUCCUCAAGAGCCAGAAGAACCCCAAGAGCCAUUGCCAUUGGACCCUCAAGUUCCCCUUGAGCCUAGUUACCCAUCCCACCCUCAAGUCCCACUUGAGCCUAGUUACCCAGUCCAACCUCAGAUCCCUGUAGUCCCAAUAGUGCCAGUAGUUCCUUACGUGCCAACACAUCACGUGCCUUUGGUCCCGCAAAUCCCUAGCUACCCACAAAUCCCCCUAGUCCCGCAAGGCCCCUUACCAGACUACCCACAAAGACCGAUCCACGUUCCUGAACUACCUGGAAUCCCCGUCGACGGUCAAAUCCCGGUCUACCACCAACCUGAGCUUCCUCCCGAGGAAGUUCCCGUUCAUGGUCAAGAACCCGAAGACAUCGACGGUCAGUCCCCGGUCGAUCUGCCCCCUCAGAGACCAGAUUGCGAUGAAGGCCGCAACGAAGAUGAUAACUCGCCAGCGGACAGAUCCUACGCUUUCGAUUUCGCAUUCGAUGACCAAGCAAGGAAGGAAAAAUCCGACGCUGAAGGAAACGUACAGGGUACUUAUUCUUUCGUAGGUCCCGAUGGUAUCGAACGCCGAGUCGAGUACGAAGCCGGACCUGGAAUCGGUUUCGUCGCCAGAGGAGAUCACUUACCGAAACCGGUAGAGCCCCUGCCGGUUGGUCCGUCAGAAUACGUUCCUCCACAUUCACCCGGAGUGAAGAACCGAGAGCCCCUGGAACCAGAAGAUUUCGGCAAUGACCCAGCCGAAAGCUCCUACUCUUUCACCUACUCCACUGACAGCCAAUCUCGACACGCCGAGAAUCCCCUGGGAAACGCCAGAGGCUCUUUCAAGUUCAUCGGUGACGAUGGAGUUGAGAAGAAGGUCGACUAUCAGGCGGACAAACUGACUAGCUCACAUGCGCAUGGACAACACAUCCCAGAGGAUUUUCGUAAGGCCAUCAUGGACUCCGGGGUCGCCCCGCCGCAAUUUUUGAGCCACUACAUGUCACUCGGCGGUCGGGAUGAUGCCGGACACUUCGACGACGAGUUCAAGAGUUUCUCCAAGUACAACUUCAAAGACGAAGAGGAAGACAAGGAAACCCCCACCGCAGCGCCUCUAACGGCCAAAAGUGGAGUUAACGACAUCAAGAAGCCGAGCUACGAAACUUACAACAAGCGUGGGAAGAAACCGCUCAAGUCCGUCAGCCAAUCAGGGUCAUCGAAAGGAGGCUACUCUUUCUCUUACACCUCGGACGAUAAGGGUCGUGACGAGUCUAGUGAUAAUUUCGAGAAGUUCAAGAAUAACUUUUCUUUCAUUCACGAUGAUGGGUUCGAAGAGAACGACGGAUUCGAAAAGAACUUCGGAUCCGGCUACAGAAGACUGAACACAAAAAAGACUGACGAUAAAAACGCUCAAGCCCCGGAGACUGCUGCUUUGACAAGUGAGAAAAAACCAAGUUCCGAGGAGAGCAAGAUUGAGAAACCCUCGAAACAUGACGCUUAUGAUCCUUUCAGCUCCCCAUUUUUUCUUCCCAACACUGUUCCUGAGGGUGCCCUCACCGAACCAUUAGCUCCCAGAGGCCCCUCACCCAUUUCGCCAUUUUUGUUGCCACCCAAGGAAAAUUAUUACAUGCCGAAUGCGAUGAGCUUUGCAAACCGUCUGUACAGGAAAGCUCAGAGUAAGCAAAAUGAAAAUACUCACUAGGAAAAUUUUGUGUCAAAAAGUGAAGUUUUCACUCUAAUUUUUAUAGGAAAUUCCUUACACUAACAAAAUAAUGAUAAAACUGAAAAAAAAAGAACGCUUGCACGGCGCCUAGCAAAAACUGUUGUGCGUAGAUAAACCUCUGAAAUUGAAAAAUCGACAAGUACAAAUGUCUAUAUGAAAAAAUGAGUUAUGAUCACGGACCGAAAAAAACAUGGUCAAAAUCAGAAAGAAAAAAUCAGCACGGGGUUUUCUUGAUGUAUACUGUUUAUGAGACAUAGGACUCUCAAUCUCAAAUACUAGCACACCAUGACAAAACAAUGCUUGAAAUUGUAAGGUAAGACUCUAGUCUUUUCGCUCUCUACCAGAUACCUUGAGAAACCGUACUGAUUUUGAGAACAUUACUUAAUCAUAAUUUGUGAAUUGAAUUGUCAAUUUGUGAUAAUAGUCUAAGUAGUAAGUGCAUUAUACAUUCAUAAUGGUAAGUAAUGUUCCAACUGAUUGUGAUUUCACUGGAAACAUUUUGCUAUGAAUUCAUAGUAUUCAAACGAAAAUAAAAUGUUUUAGUUUUAAUUUA